AUGAAAAGCCUGGCAAAGUCCUACAACCCGCAGCAAGGACCUGCGUUCGGACAGCUCACACGCGAGGACAUCAGUAAAGUUGUCAAGAAGGAGGAUGCCAAUGUGGUGGUCUGGUCCAUAGGAAAGCGCCCGAAAGAUGGAUUCCCUGCAAAGCCAAAGCCAGCCGUCAUCUUCACCGUACCAGCUCAGCAAGAACUCGGCCCAGACCAGGAUGGCGCAGUCCAACCCCCGACCGAUGCAACGAUCACAGGAACAAUCGCCAGCACCCCAGCAACCGACAACACACAAGAUGAAUCAUCCAAUGCACCCGCCACACCCGCAGCACCCGCCAAACCCAUGAGCUGGGCAGAACUUCUCCGAGCAAAGAACCCAACUGCUACGUCACCUGCAGUUGUCGCCAAUGGAACUGCUACUCAGAAACCAGUCGAAGCGAACAAGACCGCCACCGUCAACGGAGCCAAGUUUGACGGCAUCGCUGAUGUCCUUCACAAGUACCAAACGACCUAUUCGUCUGUCCUUAUUCAACCCAGAGGACUUGUCAACAAUGGCAACAUGUGCUUCAUGAACGCUAUUUUGCAACCUCUGUUGCACUGCCCUCCAUUCUACAACUUGCUGAUGCAGAUCGGAAGGCAUGUCGUGCACAGCUUCAAGAGCAAGACCCCCUUGGUCGAUUCUCUGAUCAUGUUUUUGAACGAGUUCCACGUUGCCAAGAAGAACCAACCCGACUAUGGUCCACCCUUUGUGCCCGAGUAUGUUUAUGACGCGCUGCGUGGCCUCAAGCGAUUUGACUCGAUGAGAGGACGCCAGGAGGAUUGCCAGGAGUUCCUCGGGUUCUUACUUGAUGGUCUGCACGAGGAGUUCUUUGCUGCCAUGAAGGAGAGGCCUCUGGAGGCAUUGCCCAACGGAGAGGCUGAACACGAGGAGAGCGAAAGCGGAGUGAGCGAUGAUGAAUGGAUGGAGGUUACCGGACCCAAGAACAAAGCCUCUUUCACCCGAUCGACCCAGUUCUCAGAGACUCCCAUCUCGACGAUCUUUUCUGGACAUUUGCGAUCGAUCCUCCGUAUCCCUUCGCGCAAGGACUCUGUCACAUUAGAGCCCUUCCAGUCUAUGCAGCUGGACUUGACGCCCGAUAACGUCCAUACCAUUGAGGAUGCGCUUUUGAACUCGACCAUUCCCGAAGUCUUGGAUGGGUUCACUAGCUCUGACAAGGGUGACCCUGUUGAGGCGACCAAGAAGAUUUUCAUUGAGGAGGUCCCUCCAGUCCUGGUUCUUCACCUCAAGCGCUUCAUCUACAAGGAUGGCAGCACUCAGAAGUUGCACAAGCAGGUCGGCUACAAGACCGUCCUGAACCUCCAGCCUGAAAUCAUUUCGCCUGCGCGUCGCCCCGCCAACCCGAUCCCUUACAAGUUGUUUGGUGUCGUUUACCAUCAUGGUAGGACUGCAGCUGGAGGCCAUUACACAUGCGAUGUCCUCCGUCAGAAUGCCGAGUGGCUCCACAUCGACGAUACCAACAUCACUGUUAUCUCUGAGGCUGAUGUGACUGUGGACAAUCAGUCCAGCAACGACGGCACUUUCAAACCUGCGAUGAACGGCACGCUUAUCAACGGUGCCAUUUCAGAGUCCGCUGCCCUUGCCGCAGCCCUGUCGGCAUCCUCGAUCGCUGCCAGCAAAUCCGGCGAUGGUGUCGCCUAUGUUCUCUUCUACAUCCGUUCGGACCAGAAGGGCGCAACCAUGACCGAGUUCCCCACACCCAACACCACCGGCUCUUCAAAACCAACCACCAACGGAUCUCAUCACGGCAAGGCACCAGCCUCAGCCGCGUGGAGUGUCCCCAAGAAGUAG